CGCGAGCGCGGGGCCGGGCCGGCGGGCGCGUUCAGUCUGGCGGCGGCGGCGGUGCGCAGACAGACAGACGUGUCGGGAGCGCAGCACUGCCCGCAACUCAGCAGCUCGGGCCGCGCCCGCCCACCCGCCAUGGUGUCGUGGAUCAUCUCCAGGCUGGUGGUGCUUAUAUUUGGCACCCUUUAUCCUGCGUAUUACUCCUACAAGGCUGUGAAGUCCAAGGACAUUAAAGAAUACGUCAAAUGGAUGAUGUACUGGAUUAUCUUUGCCCUCUUCACCACAGCAGAGACGUUCACGGACAUCUUCCUUUGCUGGUUUCCAUUCUAUUAUGAACUAAAAAUAGCAUUUGUAGCCUGGCUGCUGUCUCCCUAUACAAAAGGAUCCAGCCUCCUGUACAGGAAGUUUGUUCAUCCCACACUGUCUUCAAAAGAAAAGGAAAUUGAUGACUGCCUGGUCCAAGCAAAAGAUCGGAGUUAUGAUGCCCUUGUGCACUUUGGGAAGCGGGGCUUGAACGUGGCAGCCACAGCAGCUGUGAUGGCUGCUUCCAAGGGACAGGGUGCCUUGUCGGAGAGACUGCGGAGCUUCAGCAUGCAGGACCUCACCACCAUCAGGGGUGAUGGUGCCCCCGCUCCCUCAGGCCCGCCUCCACCAGGGACUGGUCGGUCCAGCGGCAAACAUGGCCAGCCUAAGAUGUCCAGGAGUGCUUCCGAGAGUGCUGGCAGCUCAGUGUGUACCUGCUGCUCCACCUGCAGGACCCGGAAAGUGGUUGAGGGAGAUGUGAAUGAGGGUGGUGUGAAGUCGUGGGAGCCCCACCAGGUCCAAAGCCCACUGGCGUUUUCUGACGAGGAGGAGGAGGACCUGUUGGAGUUCAUGUACAAGUAUAAGGCACCGAGGAGGACGGAGUUGCCCCUGGAGGCACCGCCUAGAAUCCUUCGAUCCCGCUUCAGGAAGAAAAGUACCUCAUCCUUGGCCACUGAAACCACGUGAGUGAGAUGAGCCAACAGCACCGGAUCCACAGACGUCUCUCCUCUGCCUUAAAGAGCUAGUCACUAGUAACGCGGAAGUGCGCAGGCUAGGUGUGCUUCCUGUGUGCAGCCUCACAGACAUGGCCUUUGUUCGCUCCCCUCUUCGCCUUUGACAAUUUUCUGUUCCUUCCUUUUUGUUCCCGGGGGAGAGGCUAAAGGGAAAAGGUGGUGGUGGAGGGUGACCUUUCCGUCUUCCGGGGUCAGUAAUCUUCUGCAGUUGGAUUGUCAUUGUGGCCACAAUGUUUUUAGAUAUAUAGGCACUCUUACCCUGCUGCUGAGAUGGACGUUUGUAAUUUAUUUGUUGCAUAGUUUUUAGUCCUGUAAAUGCAAACGAAGUGAUCUUUUUAAAAAACUUUUUGUUGUUCUUGGUACUAAUACAUCGGACUAUUAUGUAUAUAUUUACGGCUUUUAGCUUAAUGUAAUGAACCCGCAAGGGCUGCCAGAGGUUCUGGUGAGAGAGCUGCAAAAACCAGAAAUGUAGACAAACAUUUUGAUUCCAGACAAUGUCUUCCACCUGCUUACAAAGCCAGUGCCAGUAGGGCAUGCCUACUCCUGCCGGAAGAUGGCCCACGUUCUUCAAGUGGCUGUGCAACCCGCACAGCAGAGCUGAGCCAGGAACACGGAGUCUCAGCCACAGGAAGGAAGGUUGCUGAGUCAGGGAAGGGGGUUCAAGAUCAGAAGUUUCUGAGCCCUUCCGGGGACACUGGACCUGCCUCAGGCAGGCAGACGUCUCACCCUUAGCAGAACCGUUUGCGGGGCAUGGAGACUCAACGCUGGAAGAAUUCCAAGUAUCUCAGAAACACUUGGCAAGAAUAUUUCCCCUUCAGGGACCAGUGCUGUGGCUGAUUUCUCCAGGAGGAAGAGCCUACAUCUGAGCGCCUUGUUUCAGAGAACACUAAGCAAAGAGAAAAGGCUAGAAGUAGGCUUUGUGCUCACAUAACCAUCAGAAGGCAGGAUCUGGGGUGGACUGAGGCUGAGAUCCACAGGCAGCUGUGGCUCUUGCUCCCCUCUGGCUUGCGUGGCAGAUGAACAGGAUGGACUGACACUCAUGUUUACUCCAUGUCUUCAUGGUGUGGUCUAGGGAGCUGCCCGUCCCUCUGAGAGCUGAGUCAAAUUGUAAGGCUAGUCUAUUCGUGCUUAGAGUCGGUGUUUUCUUUCCAUGUAAUGCAUGCAGUGGUCACAACCCAGUUACUUAUAUUUGGAUUGUGUUUCUUCAUAGCUAUGCUCUGAAGACUAGAGAAGUAGUGUUGUAUACCACAUAGAACUGCCAAUAACUGCACACAGGCUCAAUUACAGAGCGCUCCGUUACUGAGCUACACAAACAUGCACUGGGAGAUUGCCGGUCUACAUUAGCUGGACCUUGGCCACUUCACAGAGGGUUUUAAUUGAAGUUCAUUGCUGCCAGAUACACCUAGUGAAAUUCUCCAAAAGUGAUUCUGCAAUUUAGAACUAACCCUAGGGAACUAACUCAAAAGCUGAUGACCGGGAGGUCAAAUAGUCUGCCUGUGGCCCACACCCAUCUGAAUUCGGUAAGAAAACAUCUGUCCUCGUCAAGCUCACGCAACAGCUCCAGACAAGCGAAAUGAUAGCCUGUAAAAUGUAAACCUGUCAGUUGGGUGUAUCUGGGAUGAAGAGAAACAGGUGCAGAAAAGCCUGAGAGAAGCAGCUUUGCAGCUCCCCACCCCACCCCCAAAUAAUAAACGGCUUUAGGAGCAGAGUUCCAGUCCUAUUAGAUUUUCACAUAUUACAACGGGAAGUCAUAACAUGUUAGGCUCUCAAGUUUGUACUCAGCUAUGCCAAAACUGUUUGCAGCACUCCUCAGACAUACUGUAUUACUUCGAGAUUUUAAAAUCACAGGUAUCUAAACUGUUGUCUCACUGUAAGUGUAACUACUUCUCCUUCAAGUGUUGACUAGGGGGUUACCUCCUCUCUUAAACACACCUGCUAUACAGCCGAGCGCAGCUGUCUUGUUUCUCGAAAACUGUGUUUACUUUUCUGACAAGCUGUGCAUUUGUACGUGGACUGACAUGAUGUGAAUACCCCUGUCUGUGCAGUGUGUGGUGCUGUCUAGAGAAGAGAAAUGGAUGUUUCUACUUUGCUGACUUAGACACAGGCUGUUUACAAGUGCUAGCUUGAAGGUCUGCACUUGUCUUAGCGUUGAGUUCCUUGCCUUGGAGCACAGGCUCCAUUGCUGAAGAUAAUGUCUCCUGACUGUGAAUAGCUUGCUCACUCUGCUGGCCUUUGAUAUGUCUGUUUUCUGGUAAACCGUCCAUGUGUUUGUGUUAAGAGUGCUUCUCACCACAACCGUUGUGUAGCCUUCCCAGUUUUCCUUGCACAGUAUCUGAAGUGGCAAAAGAUGUGCUUCACCUUCGGACAGUGACACCCAGAAGUGAUGUUCUCCAUUGUGACUGUGCACACUUCCUCUAGUUUAUUUCUGAAGCCUCUAGAAUGAGCUAUAAUUAAAUAGUAUACUGGACCGUGUCUCUAAGGGAUGUAAACUGCAGUAUUCCAAAGGCUGAAGCUCUGCUGUUUUGUUAUAAUGCCUGAUAAUACCUUGAAUAAAGUCUUAACAUUUUUCUUUAAAAAAAA